AUGAUCCUGAAGCGUUUGCGAGACGACGCACGGAUCCUUGCCGCCAACGCCAAGCAGGGCGACGUGACCAAGAUCCUGAAGAACAACCGGGACGUCCUCUCCGGAGUCAUCGUGAGUCCCUUUCGCUUCCUCCUCCACCUCCGUCCCACCCCGCCCCACUCGCCUCCACCCGCCUUCACCCCUUCGACGUCGCAGGACAUGUCGAAGGAGGCGGAGAAGAACCUGUCCCCGCGCCAGUGCGCCGUCCUGGACAUCGCGUUGGACACGAUCAAGCAAUACUUCCACGCCGGCGGGAACGGGCUGAAGAAGACCUUCCUGGAGAAGUCGACCGAGCUGCAGAGUCUCCGCUACGCCCUUUCCCUCUACACGCAGACGACGGACACCCUCAUCAAGACCUUCAUCACCUCUCAGACCAACCAAGGUUCUCCCUCUCCUUCUCUCUCUCGAAUUCCAUCCACGGUGAGGAUGUGGAUCUUGAAUGUCGGGCGGGGACGGUGUAGACCCGUUGAACAAGGAGAAAUUGAAGGGGAAUGCCAGGGCGGUCGACGGGGAAGGAGACGCAGCGAAACUCGCCAUUCCCGAGCAUCCUGUCAAAAUCCUCCGUCAGGCAGAACAGGAUAA